AUGACACGUAACUCGGACUUCGUGGAUGUCGAUCCGUGGGAGACCCAGGACAAGGAAGACACGGCCGAGGCUUAUUACAACCAGCCUCUCCGCCAGAAGCACCGCAUACUGACCGAUGAGAACCUCAGGCUCAAGCGACUGCUCCGAGAAAACGGCAUUACGUGGUCGCCUAUUGCCACAGCUCACAUUCAUGCUGUGAAGCAUGGAAACUCGGGGCGCAUGACCCGCCGCCGCUCUCUCGCCGCCGCCCCGACGAACCCAUAUCUGCCUACUGAGGUUCUGCUACGCAUACUCAAGUAUGCACUCACAGCGCCCCUCUCGAUCUUCGACCCCCUCUCCAAGCUAAGGCUGGACACCGUCACCGCCGAAGAGAAGGCACGCGGGAACCAGAUCGCCAUUCAUUUUCUCGCCACCUGUAGAGCCAUGCACACGGAAGGAACCCGCAUUCUAUGGGGUCAUAAUUCCUUCACAUUCACCAGCCCCGAGGCCCUCCGUAACUUUGCCGAGCUUGACUUGAACCAUCGAAAGGGCAUCAAAAGUGUCUCGUUCCGCAUCAUUGCCCAAUUCUACGACGACAAGAAGCGUCGUCACCGCCUGCAUCAUACCUAUCACCAGUCCUUGAGGAAAGAUCAUCAACUACCAGUCAACAUGCGCGUCAACGAGCAGACGUACGCUCGCGGCGGCUUCCGCUGCUACUCGUGGUCGCAGAUUGUUGACUUUCUCGCAGCGCUUCGUCCCCCAUUCGACCCGAAGCACGACAAGAAGCAGAUCAGGCCUCGCCUGCUGCCUGCCCUAGAGUCUCUCCAUAUCGACCUGGUCAAUUUCACAGCCGACAAACUUCCCAUGUUUGGAAAUGACAUGCACAAUAUGGCCUCACAUGAGUUGGGAUGUUCUUUGAACGAACUCUACGUGACUGGCCUCCCCAUCGACGACCCCGGAGUCAAGGCCUCCGCCGAGCUUACUGGUCUCCUACGGGAUGAGGGUCUUUACAUGACGGGAGUGCCUGCCUACGUGCAGACGAAGCGAGGGGUUCUUCCGCUCAGCGGCCGUCCCAUCUGUGCUCGAGUUAUUCGCGCCUACAAGUCCCUUCGGGUCGGUUCGCUGGGCACAUCCACCGUCCCCGUCGAUGAUGAACUUAGCGAUAGCGAAGAUACCGACUUUGACGCCUUGGACGGGUCCGGCCUAGACGCUCAUCACUCGCAUAUCCCCACAAUGCCUGCUGCUCCUGCCCAGGAAGGCCAUCCGACCUCUCAUCGAGAGGACAAGGUCAUCUGGAAGCGGGUUCCCAUCUCGCGCAACUCCGGGGAGCGGAAAUGGGUUGAGUUUUGCCGCAGUAGUGGGUAUCCCCUCGAACCACCCGCUGAUAAGAACGGGAAUGACGAUGAUGAAGAGGAUGACGACAGCAUCAGCAUCUGUCCUUGUUGCGGCGAGCCUCAUCCCGGCACCUUCCUUGAUCAGCUCUUGGAUGAGGCCGACUGA